AUGAAAUUACGACAUUUUAUCACCUCAAGUAUCGUUACUAUUGUAGCCUUGACCGCCGUGGAGGCUGCCGAUGUUCAGUAUGCCGUCAUUGCUUUCCCUAAAAAUCAACAAUCCGUUGCUGUUUCCGUCGGCGGACAACAAUACCCGCUCCAAGCCAGUGAAAAACAUCCCAAUAUUUUCACGGGAACUGCGCCCAGCGGUGAAACGUAUCAAUAUGUUAUCGACAACCACCCCGAAUCCACUCACCGUCGCUUGGCCCAAGACGCUUCAAGUACCGGCAACGAAUUCUUUAAUCGAACACAAACCGUCUUUUCCGUUCCCGAGUUGCCUCAAGCCUAUAAUCCCAUUUAUCCUCCAUUAUUCAGUGCCAUGAAUCGGUCCAAUGAAAUUGCUACCAUGAUUUUGGAAGCGAAUCAAACGGGGUUGCAUGAAAUCCUUAGCAAUCCUAUGGGCGCUCACGAGUACACUGAGGUAUACAAGAUGGCUUACAUCACCAACAACGAUGUCCACACCUUUUCGCUGGCCGGGAUCAAGAACAGUGGAAAAUCCACCAAGGAAUUCGCCAAGCAAUCCUACAAGGUGAAAUUGAACGAAUUCUCAAAGGCCAACAGCAAGGAGCUGAUCUUUGGUCGUACGGGCUUCAAAUUACGAGCGCAUGAAACCGACCCCACCUUUAUUCGCGAAAAAUUGUUAUUGGAUAUGCUUGCUGCUUCUGGAGGCGCCACUUUGGGCGGCAAUUUUGUUCGUCUUUACAUCAACAACGAACCUUUUGGCCUCUAUCUGAUGAUUGAUGAUAUGAGCACCACCACCAUUGACAGUCUGUUACACGCAGGUGACGCUGAUCCUCACACUGGUGCCACGUACAAGGGCAAUGCGAUCAAUCCGCAAACGGAGGGUAACUUGGUCUAUCUUGGUGACAAUGCUACGCUUUACAACGAUUUUAUCUAUGAGCUUGAGGAUAAGGGCAAGCUGAGCAAGACCGAUUUGCCAAAGGACCAAGAAAAGGCCCCUCUCAUUGAAUUCACUCGCCGCCUAAGUUUAAUUGAUCCCACUCAAGCGAGGGAUGAACAAAGUUCAGGUGCUAUUGCCGAGCUGAUCGAUCCUCAGCACACCAUGAUUCACUUGGCCAUCAAUUUCUUGUCGGGCUCGUGGGACGGCGUGUGGCAUCAAGCCAGCAAUUACUAUUUGAACCAAAAUACACAAAGCAAAAAGUGGACAUUGAUCACGUACGAUUUUGACGAAACCCUUGGUAUUGGUGCACCGGCUUACAUGGCGAGCACUCCUUAUGAUAACUUUACGCGACCCGGUUCUCAGCGACCUCUCGUCGACGCUUUCAUCAAGUCUCCCUAUUAUCGAGCCCAAUUCGAAGAUAUUCUCAAAACCCUCGUGAAGCGCUUCUUCAAACCUAAUGUCAUGGAACCACGAGUCAAGGCUUUUGCGGAUAUGCUUCGCGAAGACGUGGCGUGGGAUCUUUCACUUCCUGCCAAGUCACCAGGAUUACAACCUACGUGGACGCUCUGGAAUUUUGAUAAUAACAUGAAUGCAACCGAUGGCCUUUCCAUGGGGGUCACCGAAUGGAUCCGUGUCCGAUCUCAGGCUGUUCAACAGCAACUUGGUUUCACCGAUGCAGAUGAUCUUCCCCCUCUUGGUCCCUACACUGGUGGUAAAGAAUGGGAUCAGAACAACUAUAUCGCUCCUACCAAAAAGGAAAAGACGAACGCAGCGACCACCACUGCUUCUCAAUGGUCAGCCGCUCUCCUAGGAUGCACUUUGGUAACGGUUGCCAUGAUGAUCCAAUGGGUUUGA